AUUUACCUUCCCCUCCAUCCCUUACAAAAACUCUGACCAAACGUCGACGUCAUCCUUCUUGACAAAAGUCAAAUAAAAUCAUAUACAAUCGCUUUCAAGUUUCAACUCUGCUCUGCUCAAGGUCCUACAUUUGGGGUUCUUGCUUCGGAUCGGAAUCAGAUACUGUCUUCUCCAACUCACGAAGCUGCUGCUACCAAGGUGAAAAUGAGGGCAAUCCUUGGUGGAGGCGGUACUUCUUCUCCUAAUCUAUUGGAGCCCAGAUACAGGCUCUCUUCUGCAUCUUGAUUUUGUUGUAUUCAGCGAGGAGGCCAGUAAAAAGAAACUUUUUAGAAGCAAAAGUUCCAGAGAGGGGGAUAAGGCGCUCUUCAGUCCCACCAAAGAUAGGUCUUUGACCUGCAAGUUUUCUAUAUUGAACCUUGUCUUUGCUGUUAUUGCAUUGGGAGCGUUAAUUACACUAUGGCAUUCUCUUAAAGUUCAUUCUGAUAUUACACCAAAUCCAAGAUCUAGCCCAAUUUUAGUAGACAAACAGACAAGAAAGGAUGUUGUAGAUCAACGAUACAUAUCUGUACUAGAUAUUGAAUGGGACCAAAUGCCACGAGUUAUUGGGAAACUAAGUAAUACUCAUAAAUCUUUUGUUGUUGGUUUGCUAAACUUUAAUGACAAUGAAAUUAAUCAAUGGGAACAACUAUUACCUGAUGCGGAGCAUGUGAUCUUGAACCUGGAUUAUGUCUCAAACAAUGUUACUUGGGAUACAUUAUACCCUGAAUGGAUAGAUGAAGAGCAAGAAUUUGAGGUUCCCACUUGUCCUAUGUUGCCCAAGCUUCAGGUUCCACGCAAACCCCGCAUUCAUCUCAUAGCAGUAAAGCUACCGUGCAAGAAGCCUGGGGACUGGAUGAGAGAUGUGGCUCGGCUGCACUUGCAAAUUGCAGCAGCGGGGUUUGCUGCCUCUGCAAAAGGAUAUCAUGAAGCACAUGUACUCUUGGUCACUGAAUGUUUUCCAACUCCAAAUUUGUUUACUUGUAAAGAUCUAGUUGUGCACGAAGGAAAUAUGUGGUUGUAUAAACCAAAUCUAAACACUCUGAGGGAAAAACUUCAACUACCUGUGGGAUCAUGUGAACUUGCAGUACCUCUCAAAGCUAAAGAGCACUGGCACUCAAGUAAUGCACGUCGAGAAGCCUAUGCAACAAUCCUGCACUCAGCACAGUUUUAUGUAUGUGGGGCAAUAGCUGCAGCACAGAGUAUUCGCAUGGCAGGUUCUACUCGGGAUCUUGUGAUACUUGUAGAUGAGACAAUAAGUGACUACCACAGGGGAGGGUUGGAGGCAGCAGGAUGGAAAAUUCAUACAAUAAAAAGAAUCAGGAACCCAAAAGCCGAACGAGAUGCAUACAAUGAAUGGAACUACAGCAAAUUUCGUCUCUGGCAGCUGACAGAUUAUGACAAAAUCGUCUUCAUUGAUGCAGAUUUGUUAAUACUAAGAAACAUCGACUUUCUCUUCGAGAUGCCAGAAAUAACUGCAAUAGGAAAUAAUGCUACACUGUUUAACUCAGGGGUGAUGGUGGUUGAACCAUCAAAUUGCACUUUCCAGUUGUUGAUGGAUCAUAUUAAUGAGAUUGAAUCAUACAAUGGUGGGGACCAGGGGUAUUUGAAUGAGGUUUUCACAUGGUGGCACCGAAUCCCAAAACACAUGAACUUUCUGAAACACUACUGGGAAGGUGAUGAAGAGGAGAAGAAAGACAGAAAAACUCAACUUUUUGGUGCUGACCCUCCUGUCCUCUAUGUCCUUCACUAUUUAGGGUUGAAACCAUGGUUGUGCUUCCGCGACUAUGAUUGCAACUGGAAUGUUGGGAAACUGCAAGAGUUUGCAAGUGAUGUCGCCCACAAGACAUGGUGGAAAGUCCAUGACGCAAUGCCCGAGAACCUGCACAAAUACUGCUUGCUUAGAUCCAAACAGAAGGCUGCCCUUGAGUGGGAUCGAAUGGAAGCCGAGAAAGCUAACUUCACAGAUGGCCAUUGGAAGAUCAAGAUAAAAGAUCCCCGUUUACAGAUCUGUUUCGAAGAUUUUUGCUUCUGGGAGAGUAUGCUGUGGCACUGGGGAGAAACAAACUGGACAGAUAAUGCAACGUCUACUCCAACACCACCUUCACUCCAAACUGCUUCAAUCUUUUUAUAAUUGGGUGUAAAUGAUAAAGAGCUGUCUGGCAUUUCCAUUUCUUGUACUUCACUUUGUUUUGGCCCAGGCAUUUUUGACCUCCCAUGCAAAACUGUGGAUGGGCUGAAGUUAAGUUUUUACAUCACCUAAAUCUUUUUUCCUGCAUGAUAUUGCAGCAAUGUAGAUUAUACGGAGUAUAUUGUUAUUCCUUAUAUCAAGUGGAUAUAAGUACUUCUCCCUGUAUAAAUAAGUGUUGGCCAAUUUGGAAAACAUUCUUAAAAUUGAGCUUGAAGAUGAAAGUUGAAUCAAUUUGUAAACAGCACGCAAGCUAGAGAUGUUGAAACAUUUAAUUUGAGAUUGCAUUACAUUAAAUUAUCGUACC